AUGAUUGAUGAGCUUCAGAUAGCUACGUUGAGGGCUGAACUGCUCGACAGGCUGAGCAACUGGGGUAAAUACUCGACGUACGAUGGUUCGUACGACCCCCGGACGUUCACAGGGAAGGUAGAUACGUUGGAGCUGCAACGCAUAAGGUUGGACACCAUGACGGCGGAGUUAGCCUUGUGGCGGGCGCGCGAAACGAAGCGCGAAUUCCAGACUGUUCUGAGGGAGGUUGAGUUCGAGGUGAUGCGAAGACUGGGCAGGAUCUUGGCCAAGACGGUGGACCCAGCAUUUGCAGGGACGGAGGAAGUGGUGGUGGAGGAAAAUGGGAUGGUCUGUGGGGUUUGUCAAGAAGAAAUGCAGGAAGGGGAUGAAGGAAGAAUGCUUGGGUGCAAGCACGAGUUUCAUACGGAUUGUAUAGUGAAGUGGCUUAGGAGUAAGGCUACAUGUCCUUUGUGUAGAUAUCAGAUGCAGGUCAAAGAGUUUGAGCUGAACAUAUGA